AUGCCUGAAGCGUGGCUGGAUUCCCUCUCGGAGGAUUGGGUUUCCCAACCUCCAUCCGAAGGCUCCUCGCAACUGCCUGCUACCGCCCCGACGCAUGCGCCCAGCUUACCGCGACCAAAGCCUGCAGUCAGCCGACUUCCUCGUGCAAACAACAACAACAACAACAAACUUGGCGGUGCCAAGAAGCUCCUCUCCGGAUCGAUAGCUGCCAACAGUAGUGGCAUACUCAGCGAGCGAAGCAUCAGUGAUCGUAACAUUCCGGAAUCUUUGCGCGGAGUGCCCGUGAAACCUUCGCCUGGAGACACAUCGACCGGUAGCCAAGCGAAGAAAUACCUCAGCAGGAGAUCCGUAUCAAGCUCCUCUUUCGGGGGCUCCGUCAUCCAUAACACGGUUGAUCACAAAACAGCAUCGUCCGCAUCACCUGGCAAAUACAAGGCUGAAACCCCUGAGUGGAAGCGAAGGCUGGUGCAAGGCGAUCUUGGCUACGGUGAGCAGCGUGAUCUUUUCACAUCCGCAGCUACUGGUCUUGAGAAUAUUUUCAACCCUCCGCCUUCCACGACGACGCGGCCGGUUGCUAUUGCCGAAGCAGAUGAGGAGGACGAGGCAGGGAAGGCACCCGGGGAACUGGUGGAGACGGCAGAUCAAACACCAAACUUCGACACCACAGUCCCGUCAAGCCCGCCAGGCUAUCGCGACAAUUCCACUGCCGAAAUUCAUGUCAAUGAAUCACUUAGCCAACUCUUACCAGGGGAGCAGCCUGAGAAGCGCGCCAGAAAGACGGCAUAUCGGCAAACUGAUGUGACGACUCCCGAAGAUAGCGCGUUGGACCAGUCUGCUGCAGAGGCAGAUCAAGAGAGGGAGUCCCGAGCACACGUGAUGAGUAACAUUUCGGGUAUCCAAGAGUCAAGUAAUUUGCUCUCUGCCGAUUCCUUCAGCCAAGUAGCAAGUACUCAGGCUCAAGCUGAGGCCAGGAAGUUCAGCAAAGCCAGCACCGGCAGUGUACUGCGAAACGAGACCUUCAGUCCAAUAUUACUGCAUAAGCACAAUGGUGAGGAUGGCAAGCCAAACUAUGCGCCCAUGGAUCUUCCUCCAAGCGAACUCCGAAAACGUCUCGAUCAGUUGCGCAUGAAUCAGGUCAUCGUGACUGAUCCUCGAAACAUGGGCUAUGCCGAGACUGCAACCCAGGGGCAGUCUGCGAUCAGCAUUGAGAACACCGAUGACUAUGAGCAGGCUGGUGGCUUCAUCAACUUCCGCAGAGGCGGUCGUUCCGCUGAUGGGUCGUUCCGUCACCGAGCCCUGAGCCCCGAGCUUGUUGGGUCCAACACAUCCGAAAUGUUCCCAGAGGAGUCUCUCCAGGCUAGUACCCCGAAACAGUUCCCUGGGAGCGUUCGAACUGGUUACUCGACAUACCGUAACGUUACGCCUCCCCCUUUGAAGGUGCCGCAUCCAAGUCCUGAGAAGGAGGCUGCGCCGCGGGCUCGUGGCAGCUCCGGAAGUCCUCUCAAACUUUUUGGGCCAUACGAUACUUUCACAAAUCAGACCUUGAUGAGACGAAUUAGCCAAUUUGAAGACCAGAUGACAGACCGGUCUCGAUCAUCUGGAUCCGCUAGUGUACAGGCGGGCUUUGAGGAUACAUCAAGAAGCCCGAACUUUUCCAAGCCAGGGCCCGCUAGAGGCCAGGAGAAGUCCCAAAACCGAGACUCGUCAGCAUUCUUUGGUGAGGGCGAUUUGGAUGGGUAUGAAUUCCAGGAAAAGUUCGAGUAUCAGGGCACACGGGUUGCAACUUUCGGUGGAAGAGUCAAGUUGGGGCAAGACAUCAAUGCAAACGACUCUUCCAAGCUCAGCGCCCAGUUUGGUCUGAGCCAUGAUUCCUCGCCGCCUGCUAUGGAAGACCUUGUUAUCAACCGGCAACGAACAAAGUCUGCUGGUGCCCACUCCACAACAGAGGCAGGCCAGAGGCACGUCACUCCACGUAGUCAUCCCAACAAAGGUCGUGUUCCCGAAACGCCGAACCAUCGCGACACGGGUUCCGAUAGCAAGCGCCCGAGAGCGUCACCCACUAAGGACCCAACCCCGAAACGAAGGCGGACACUUCACAAAUCAGACAUUUCGUAUGUCGCGGAAUUAACAGAGCAGGCCACCGAUGCGGUCCAGUCAAGCCAUUACACCAUGCAGUCUGCAAUAAGCAGAAACCAAAGAAGCUACUAUGAUGGUGAGGCGGAGGACAUGUCCCCUCCCGAUGUUCUGGCAAAUCGCAACGUUUUCAGGCCCCGCACUCCUACUCCUAGUCAGAGGUCUGUGGUGCACAAGGACCGCAAUGCAUUUGUGCAGGAUGCGACGGACGAUUCCGGAAUGGGAGAAUUGAUGACGAGUUCUCGGGGUUCUAUCGUGCGGCCAAGUCCCAUGCGACCCGGAGACCAACCUCAAGAGGCCGAUCGUAAGCCGUCGAUUAAGACAGAGGACUUUUUGCACGAGGCCAACAAGAUAAUGGCCAUCAUACGUGGUGGAACAACUACACGCAGCGGCCUGAAUAGCGUCGAAGAGUCUGAACUGGAAAACAGGGACAACCAGGGACCUCUGGAGGAUUCUUUUGAAGAGUCAACCCGAGAGCCAUUUUCCCGCCCGCCAAGCAGAGAGGGUGCUGCGCCACUGAGUCGCACUAAUAUGAGACAAGAGGACCCAGAGAUACUGGAGCGACUCAAGAAAUACGAGGAGCGAAGCGACAUUGGCGAUAUCAUAGGAUCCUCGGUGCGAUCCCUUGGCCUUGCCCAAGACGUCAUUCGCACGCUGAAAGAGGCCGAACAGCAGAUGCAGGACAGCGUGGCUCAGAGCGCUGCUGCGCGGCGUGGCUCUGAAGACUCGGAACAAAUCAUAUCUGACCUAUCGAAUGUCAGGAUCAGUCGUGCUCCUAGCAUGAACCACGUGGAGGAGCCUUAUGGUACCAAUCGAUCCACCGAAGGGUUCGGGACUCAGCGAACGACGUCUUCAGCUGGACACUCUACCGGCAGGUCUAUCCCCACUGGAUCAUCUCGUGGGUCCGACAUCAGAAAGACGAUCGCCCCACAGACCGUCUCUCAUUUGAUCCCAGACCAAGUUGGGAAUAUGGUCCUUGAUCGAGAACGCAACGUGUGGACGAAGCACAGGCUCGAAAAGUCGGCUCAGACUCAACCUACCAGGCCCUUGAAUGUUCUGCCAUCUGAGGCUAGCGAGGAUGAUCCGUUUGCCGAUAUUCCUGACCUCACCGUUGACAUGACUAUGGAGAUGCAAAGGCUGAGGAUACAAACUCUACAGAAGGCCUUGAGCUCUCCUCAACCCCCUCCUCGGGAGCAAUCAUCAUCGCCGGUCGGAAGCCCUCCUCGAAGUCCUGGCAGGGCCGCGAUGGCUGACUUUGUGGAGCAAUCAAGCCCUCAGCAACCACGAGUAAACCCAAUUACAGCGAGGGGACCGACGCUAAUAACACCAGCCCAGUCGCCUCUCAAGAUGGGUAGUGCUUUGCGCCCCCAGGCUCACGAGGAGGUCGAACAUGAAAUUCAGUUUGACGAAGGACGGGAUGGCCCCGUUAGUUCUGGCAGGAAGCGCAACCUUACGAUUACUUUCUCGUCACCAGUUGCCUCGAUCAUUCAGGAUGUGAUAGUGGACAGCUCUGGGGAAGAUCAAAGCCUGCAAGACCAGUCUAUGGGUGAUGUUUCUACAAAUUCGAUAGGCAGAGGCCGUCAUAGCGUUGCGGACUUUGCCACGGGUGCUGGCGGUAGUGGCCGCUCAGCUCUGGCUUCAAGAAGUCGAUCGCGUGGAUCGAUCAAGCACACGUCGAUGCGCGGGAGUCAGAGGUUCAUGCCUCGGCCUGUGUCACGUAUCGAGGAGCGCGACGAAGAUGACGACUCGGAGGCUGAUGCACCCGAACAGCGCCAUGAGAAGACCCAGGAGCUGAGUAUCAUACCAGAGGACAGUGUGGUCGCUCGCUCGAAUCAACAGUCUCCAAGACAAGCUAGCAUCAGCUUCGUUUUGCGCACCCCCGGACGUGUUCCUGUGGGCCAUGCAAACGCAGCUGCCAUUUUGAACGAAUAUGUGGGAAAUCUCUCUCUCACUGCACUCUCCGACUUCACUGUACACAACCCGGAGCCAUCGGCAAUGCUCGAGGCCAGCUAUGUCGUUGGUGAUACGCGAUAUGUUACCGGACAGGGAGACAAGCCUGUGAUGUCGCAGAGCCUUCAGGAAUUGGUUGCGCACCUCACCGAGUUUGAACCUUUUGAGCCAUACUGGGAGGAUCUCACGGAGCUUCAGCUGAACGACAAGCGGCUCUCCAGCUUGCACAAGCUCAACGAGUUCUGUGGCAAAGUUGUGCGACUGGAUGUGUCAAACAACAACAUCUCCAGCCUCGCUGGAAUCCCACCAACCGUCCGGUUCCUUAAGAUCGCCCAAAAUCAACUGUCAGAUCUCACACCCUGGGGAGGUUUGAUGAAUAUUCAGUAUCUGGAUGUCUCGAACAACGACAUUAAGACGCUCUCGGGAUUGAAUCAACUGGUGCACCUACGUGAUCUCAAGGCGGACAACUGCAACCUGACAAGCUUGGAAGGUCUUCAAUUCCAUGAUGGUUUGCAGAUCCUUCGCGCUCGCAACAAUCAUAUCGAGUCGAUCGAUCUUGAACACUGCAACAUGGCCAGUCUUUUUGAGUUGGACUUGGCGGGCAAUGCCAUCAAGACAGUCUCCCACAUUGAGAAUCUCGGCCGUCUUUCCAUCCUGAACCUGCAAAGAAACAAAUUGGAGAAGUUCGAGAUUAUGAGUGGUAAGCCAUUCUCGUCUCUCAGGCGGCUAGAACUCGACCAAAACAACCUUGUAUCUCUGGAAAUAACGCUGUUGCCGCAGAUCAAGGUGAUUCACGCCGACAAAAACAAGCUGCAAACUCUGAGCGGCUUCAACAAGGCUACUCGACUGGACAGUCUUUCGCUUCGCGAGCAGAUGGGAGACAAGCCUUUGGACAUCAUGUCGUUUUUGGACAUUGCAUGCGAAGUGCGUAAGCUCUACCUGUCGGGCAACCGUCUUGAGAGGUUCAACCCGCAGCUAGACUUCAUGAAUCUGCACCUGCUGGAGCUUGCCAACUGCGGACUUCGCUCGCUGCCCGAUAACGCGGCUGAGCUGAUGCAGAACCUGCGUAAACUGAACCUCAACUUCAACGCGUUGACAAAUGUGUCGUGUCUUGCCCAUAUCUCGAGGCUCAAGAAGCUGUCACUGGCAGGAAAUCGACUGGAAAAUGCAAAGGAUGUCGUGCAGGUCGCCGAGAAGCUGCCAAACCUAACAGAGUUGGACCUGCGUGACAAUCCGUGCACCUUGGGACUCUAUCCACCAUCUCAUGUGGUAAUUGGGGCAGCGGGCGAAUCCGACGCAGCAAAUCCGUUCAUGUUGGCACCGGGUGACCCGGAGCGGGAUGCGGCGUACUGCAGAAGGCUUGACAUGGGGACUAGAAUGCACCGACGGCUGUAUGAGAUUGUUUGGAUCUACAACGCCAAGAAGCUCAGGAUGCUCGACGGUUUGCCCCUGGACAGAAAUCUCGUGAACCUGAGGGAUGACAUCUGGAGCAGCCUCCUUGCUUAUGACUUGGUUGUCGACCAGGAUCGUCCGCGGUCGAAAAAGGAUGUUGCGUCUAGGGGGAUGAGUGAAGUGAACACUGCUGAGUCUCAGACCCGGGGCCGAAGUCAGGAGCGCAGGAACAGGGUCGUCAACAAAACACAUGGUGGCCGCAAGUCCAAGACUGCGAAAACGGACGAGGCGCGAAGCAGCAGAACGACGACCAUUACAAGCUCGGUCAAAAGCGCCGCAAAAUCAUCACGGUCGAUACGCAAGGUGACAACGGUUCAUGUUCAAACUUUUACGGAUGAGGAAGUCGGAGAAGACAGUCGUUCUAAUACCGAGGAGCAAGCAUCAAGCCAAAGAGAGGCGACAAUGCUGUCUUCGCGAGGAGUUGCGAGGACACCCACGAGACACAACCUCACUUGGGGAGCAGAGGACACAUUUGCAUGA